GCCGCUGUGGACUGUAAUGUCAGAGCCCAGCAGCCCCGGCGAGAGCCAGUGCGGCGCUCCCAGAUUCUUCGUGGGCUGCGUGGAGGAUGAGAGCGAAGGCCUGGACGACUGCGCCAGCAUGAGGACAGACAUGGAGCUGUACGAAGAUUACCUGGAGGAUGACUCGCCUCCAGAGUGUCAGAUCGUGGUGGGGAUUUGCUGUAUGAUGAAGAAAUCCAAGUCCAAACCCAUGACUCAGAUCUUGGAGCGUCUUUGCAAGUUUGAGUACAUCACAGUUGUCAUCUUUCCAGAGGACGUCAUACUUAAUGAACCGGUGGAGAAGUGGCCACUCUGUGACUGCCUGAUCUCAUUUCACUCUAAAGGUUUCCCCUUGGAUAAGGCAGUGAGUUACACAAAGCUCCGCAACCCGCUGCUCAUCAAUGAUCUUAAUAUGCAGUAUUACAUACAGGAUAGGAGGGAAGUAUAUCGUAUCCUGCAGGAGGAGGGGGUAGAUCUGCCACGCUAUGCUGUGUUAAACCGUGACCCUGACAAUCCUGAUGAGUGUAACCUUGUUGAGGGAGAAGACCAAGUUGAAGUUAACGGUGAAGUCUUUCUAAAACCCUUUGUAGAGAAGCCUGUUUCUGCUGAGGACCAUAAUGUGUACAUCUACUACCCAACUUCAGCUGGAGGAGGCAGCCAGCGUCUCUUCAGAAAGAUUGGGAGCAGAAGUAGUGUUUACUCUCCAGAGAGCAGUGUGAGGAAAACUGGCUCCUAUAUCUAUGAAGAGUUCAUGCCAACUGAUGGCACAGAUGUGAAGGUGUAUACAGUAGGGCCAGACUACGCUCACGCAGAGGCUCGUAAGUCCCCUGCUCUCGACGGGAAAGUUGAGCGAGACAGUGAAGGCAAAGAAAUCCGCUACCCAGUCAUGCUCACUGCUAUGGAGAAGCUUGUGGCCCGUAAAGUGUGUCUGGCAUUCAAGCAAACAGUGUGUGGAUUCGACCUCCUCCGAGCCAAUGGCCACUCGUAUGUGUGUGAUGUUAACGGAUUUAGCUUUGUGAAGAAUUCCAUGAAAUACUAUGAUGACUGUGCUAAGAUCCUGGGAAAUAUUGUGAUGAGGGAGCUGGCUCCACAGUUCCAGAUCCCUUGGUCCAUACCUACAGAGGCAGAGGACAUUCCUAUUGUACCCACUACAUCAGGGACCAUGAUGGAGCUGCGCUGUGUGAUAGCUGUGAUCCGUCAUGGAGAUCGUACACCAAAGCAGAAGAUGAAGAUGGAAGUUCGGAAUCCCAUGUUUUUUGAGCUUUUUGAAAAAUACGGUGGGUAUAAAACAGGCAAGCUGAAGCUAAAGAAACCCAAACAACUGCAGGAAGUUCUGGACAUUACCAGGACACUCUUGACAGACAUAGGACAGCAUACUGACUGUGAAAUUGAGGAGAAGAAGUCCAAGCUCGAACAACUAAAGACUGUUCUAGAAAUGUAUGGCCAUUUCUCUGGAAUCAAUAGGAAAGUGCAGCUAACCUACCUUCCUCAUGGACAGCCCAAAACAUCCAGUGAGGAGGAAGAUACUCGUAAGGAGGGCCCCUCUAUACUGCUGGUGCUGAAGUGGGGGGGAGAGCUGACUCCAGCUGGCAGAGUUCAGGCUGAAGAACUUGGCAGGGCUUUUCGCUGCAUGUAUCCUGGAGGUCAAGGGGAUUAUGCUGGCUUUCCAGGCUGCGGCCUGCUCAGGCUACACAGCACCUACCGGCAUGACCUCAAGAUCUAUGCCUCUGAUGAGGGCAGAGUGCAAAUGACUGCUGCUGCCUUUGCGAAGGGUCUCUUGGCACUGGAAGGGGAACUGACACCGAUCCUGGUCCAGAUGGUAAAGAGUGCAAAUAUGAACGGCCUGCUGGAUAACGAUAUCGAAUCCCUCAGUGGCUGUCAGCAGAGGGUUAAGGCCAGACUUCACGAGAUCAUGCAGAAAGAUGAAAUCUUCACAGAAGAAGACUUUGACAGGCUGGCUCCAACAUGCAGCAGCUCUCUGGUGAACUCUAUGAAGGCUGUGGAGAAUCCAGUAAGUACGUGUGAUCAAGUCUACACCCUUGUCCAGAGCCUAACCUCACAGAUCCACAAAAGACUUGAAGACCCCAAAUCAGCAGAUUUACAGCUGUACCACAGCGAGACACUGGAGAUGAUGCUGCAGCGCUGGUCUAAGUUGGAAAGGGACUUCCGCAUGAAGAGUGGCCGCUACGACAUCAGCAAGAUUCCUGACAUUUACGACUGUGUUAAGUAUGACGUGCAGCACAACAUCUCUCUGGGCCUGGAGGACACAUACGAACUCUUCAAGCUCUCUAGAGCACUAGCCAACACUGUCAUACCACAGGAGUACGGCAUUAAUAAGGUGGAGAAGCUGGAUAUUGCGUAUGCCUACUGUCUGCCUUUAGUGAAGAAGAUUCAGCUUGACCUUCAGAGGACACAUGAGGAUGAGUCUGUAAACAAGCUGCAUCCACUAUAUUCACGUGGAGUGCUGUCACCAGGCAGGCAUGUCCGAACUCGGCUGUAUUUCACGAGCGAGAGUCACGUCCACUCACUGCUUAGCAUCUUCCGUUAUGGUGGCCUAUUGGAUGAGGAGAAGGACCAGCAGUGGAAGAGAGCCAUGGAUUAUCUGAGUGCAGUGUCUGAGCUCAACUACAUGACCCAGAUCGUCAUAAUGCUCUAUGAAGACAACAAUAAGGACCCAUCCUCUGAAGAACGCUUCCAUGUGGAACUGCAUUUCAGCCCUGGGGUCAAAGUAUCUGAGGAGGAGAGUGCUCCAAUGGGCUUUGGCUUCCGACCAGCCUCUGCUGAAAAUGAUCAGAAGCAAACAGACCCUGGUAGUUUGGAAAAUCUCAUACAAGAUGAGCCUGACCGCGCUUUGCCCCUUUCAGAGGCCAUCAGCACCCAGAGGAAAUCGCCUCUGAUCCGGAACCGCAAGACUGGCUCCAUGGAGGUCCUGUCAGAAAGCUCGUCCUCUAAAGGGGGCAGCUAUCGCCUCUUCCCCUCCUGCUCACGUCAGUCUCCAGAGAUGAAGCAGAGCGGAUUAGGCUCUCAGUGCGCUGGCCUCUUCAGCACCACCGUCCUGGGGGGCUCCUCUAGUGCCCCCAACCUUCAGGACUACGCACGCACACACCGCAAAAAAUUCUCCUCGGGCAGUUUGACCUAUAAAGACGGAAUCCAAAAAAGUUUGAAGCAAAAACAUGAGUUGUUGUCUAUGCCGGCAGUAAAGCGAUUUUCUGUGUCGUUUGCAAAGCAUCCGACUAAUGGCACACAGGAUGACGCUUCUGCCAUGGCGGUUCAACCACCUCUAUGGUGGUCUGGCUCAGAACCCCUGGAAGAGCACCAGGUAGCCCAGCUGCUGAGGCGCUUUUCCACCGACCCCAAUAUUGGCCACCCGUUCUGUUUGGACAGUGCUUUUGCCCACCACCUCCAUCAGUGCUCCUACCAUCUCCGCCUCUUCCGCAACUGGUUAAUCUCUGGCCAGGACCCACUAGAGUACCUCUACGGUUUUGAAGGCUGCUCCAUGGUGCCUUCCAUCUACCCCCUCGAGACCCUCCACAACUCACUCUCACUCAAACAAGUCAACGAGUUCCUGACGACUAUGUGUGAGAAUGCAGGAGAUUCCCACACCAGGACAACCAGAGCUCUCUCAGCCAUGUUUGACUCCCAGAACCAGCCCACAGGGGACUCUUACAUCCCUCACAGAGUGCUGUCCUCCUCUGUUUCACUGCGCCAGCGUUCUGAUCGGCCACCAUGGUACAGCAGUGGUCCCUCCAGUACGGUGUCAAGCGCCGGCCCUUCGUCUCCCACUACUGCUGACACCUCCCCACGCUUCAGCUUCAGUGAGAAGAUCACCCUCACACCGCAGAGCAGCGAGGAGAUCCACCCAGCCCCUCACAACAACAUCCACUAUGUGUCCUCCACAUCUGCACUCAGCAGCACUGAAACCAGCCUCCCUUCUGAGGACCCCCACCCGUCAAUACCAUCUCCCAUCCUGGAGAGACCCAGUGAAAUAGCAGUGGACGGCACAGACUCUGCUGGCCAGUGUCUGACAGAGAGCCCCUGCUGUGACGAAGCGCCAAGUCCGGCCCCUGCGGAGCCCAGUGCUCCUUGCUCACACUUGGCCGACAGUCCGCCAACGGAGUCCUUCUGUGGGCUGCCCGGCUCUCUGCCUGUGCUCCUGGAGCUCAGAGAGAGCAGCUCAGAGACCGGCUCCAGCGCCCAGACCCCGCUCACCCCCGAGGAGCCAGAUGAGUUCUUUGAUACGCAUGAAACGGUUGAUGUGUGGAGGGGAAGCACGGGGACCCUUCCCCACCCUGGCACUCCUCUAGAGGUGGGAGCUCCCCAUGUGCCUGAGCCGUGAAGGAAACGCAGACCGGGCAGCUCCCUCAUACCUGUGUCCUUCACCCCAUCUCAGCACGCUCUCACUGUAGUGCCUCAGACCUUCAUAGAGUCCCAUACAAGUCAAAGUGGGAUUUGCCUACGCAAUUUAAGGGAAGUUGAGGAAAUGGAGGCCCUCUCUGCGCAGAUGCUCCUGUUGAAAAUCUGCUUCCUGUGUAACGCCUCACUCUAGUCAAACGGCUAGUGAUCAAACAUAAGCUGUUAGACACACUGAAAACUUUUUCCUCGUCUCCAAAUGACUGCAUUUUUUCUUCAUUAGCUGGUCUAGAAGAUAUUUUUCAAAGGGACGUGGUAUUUGAUAUUAGUCAAGCUGAACUCUUGAAUAAUGAACUUGCAUAGCUUAAUGUAUUUUAAAGGGAUAGUUGCCCUAAAAUUAAAAUGGUCAUCAAUUACUCACCC